AUGACUUCAUCUUCUGCUGAUCGAAACAGUGCAGUGCCAUUGAGAGUAGCACCCCCAAGUCAUCAAUAUCCAUAUCCAUCGCCCAUGGCUAUAUAUGAGAAUCUUGUGGCCUCUCCUCAAGUGUUCAUGGAUACUUUGAAGGAGUUCCAUGCUGCCAUGAGGACCAAGUUCGUGAUCCCUAUUAUGUGGGGAGAACUGUUAGAUUUGCAUCGCCUCUUUGUCGAGGUAACUACUCGUGGUGGUAUCGAAAAGGUUAAAGGGGAGAAAAGAUGGAAGGAAGUAAAAUUGGCUUUUGGCUUUCCUUCUUCAGCCAAAAAUGCUUCAUUUCUCCUUCAAAAACAUUAUAAUUCAUUGUUGUUCCACUACGAAAGAGUCUACUAUUUCAAGGCACAUGAUCAUGUGCUGCAGCAAGUCUCACAUCCACCUCAUCAUGGUUCGUACCAUCAGUAG